AGUCUGCGGAACUGCCUCUUAUCUCCCCCCCUAAACCGAUCCAAACUUCCUAAGAAAAAUAAAAAAAAUCCCCUCCAUUGGGAUAAAAACCCUAGAUCCUUAUCAGGCUUCUGUUUUUUCUCAUGCGAUCCUUGUCCUCUCCUAGGCUUUGAUGCCGUCCGAGCCCUUGAUGUCCUCUAGAUGGACGGCGCCUGCCCCCUUCUCCCUCCGCUCCCUCCUGAUAGCCGCCGGAGCCACAGCUCUGUGCUGCCUCUGCGCGCUCUGGGCCUUCGGCGGGGUCUUCAGGAAGGCUGAAGCAAUCAAGAACACAAAGAAAUCCUGCGAGUGUGCGUGCUCCUGCGGCGGCGGCGGGGACUCCGGCACCACCCGGGCGAACGGGGAGAUGGCGAUGUGCGGAGAAAAGAGGGCCGCGGCGGCGGAGAAAAGAGGGCAGGUCGGGGGGUCGAUGAUGGAGCAGCUGGUGCCGGAGAUCACCACUCACGCUCUCAGCUACCUGGACUACACUAGCCUCUGCCGCCUAUCCAUGACCAAUUCCGCCAUGAGGAGGGCUGCCAACGAUGAUGGGGCCUGGAAAGCUCUCUAUCACAAGGACUUUACGGUGGAACAAGACAGCAUCACCCCAGUUAAUGGAUGGAAGUCUUAUUAUGCCGCCACCAAGGCCAUAAUUAAUGUCAAUGCAGAGUUUUACAACAUCAUUAGAGAAAGAUCUCUACCAGCAAUGAGUCGCUUUUGGCUUAACACGGGCUAUGUGAAGUGCAUACAUGGCUCUGGAGAGUUAUUUACAGGGUAUACUGCAGUGAUUAACAGUUGGGCUCUGGCAUUCAAUUGGGUUCAAGGAGGGGCUGGUCAAGGUGUUGCCUUUCAGAUACGGAAUGUACGAGCUCGUGUGCUCAGUGAUAUGGCAUGGGUCACCAUGAAAGCUUAUGUUGAUGUGGACUCAGAGCCAUUCCAUGUGACCAAUGUCUAUGAGUUUCACAACAAGCGGUGGCACAUGGUUCACCAUCACAGUUCAGUAAUGCUCAUGGAUGGGGAUCCGGGACCCCACAAUCUUUUUGGUUGAAGUGGAUAGGAAAUACAACAAUUGCAAUAUACCUGAAUGUGGCAAAAGCUCUUGCUUCUUUUUUCUCUUCGGUUUAAAUUUCCUUGUGUUUUUUUUCCCAUUUCACCAUUGGAAGCUUUUGUAAUCUCACCAGUCUAGACUGUUAAUAUAUAUUUGUCAUCUGUUUUCUGUCCAAAGGCCUUAAUAUAUUCUGUAAUUUCUUUGAAACUUUUUUCAUUUCAUCUUCAGAUGAUUUAGGACAUGAGGAGCUUUUAUUAGCACUUUUUAUAGAUAGCACAGCGGUUAUAUACUUGUACAGUAAGAUUGUGGGAGCCAAUCAAUUGAAAACAUUUGAUGAGAA